UGAGAGAAUGAGAAAGAGACUCGAUAAUUGUCGAUAAUUAUUACAAAGUUGUUUCUCUCUGUUGGUUGUGAUUGUUGUGAAGAAGUUAAUCUUAGCAGUGAUGAUUACAACUGCUUUUUGAUAACAAUUGAAAACAAGUUUUAAUCUGGUGAUAACUUUAGAACAAUCAUUAUCGUGAGAUUAUUUAACAGAAAAAUGUUUUCGAUUAUUUCGUGUCGAGCUAUACGCUCAACAUUUUUCAUACAUCAGAGUAAGAUCGUCGAGUCAUCAGCUUUCCUCUCCAAAAUUCGCCACGCUCGAACAGAAUCAACAGUUGAAUUUUCAGUCGGCGUUUUGGAUUCGCAAGAUUUUUUGUCUAUUAGUAAAAGAAAUCUAAACGUAUCAGCAGUCAACACAAUGACAUCAAACGAGAAUAACAAUGGAGUGAUUUCCUUAGACGAAGCAAGACGCUUUAUGGUGGAUUGCUUCACAAAAUCAAACACAAAUCAGCCUAAUGCACAAGCGAUGGCUGACCUAUUGGCCGAAGCUGAUUAUCGGGGACAUUACAGUCAUGGAAUGAAUCGACUUGAAAUGUACAUCAAUGAUCUACACAUAAACUCUACAGAUGGAAAUGUGAUGCCAUUAAUUUUAAAUGAAACCCCUUCCACUGCUUGGGUCGAUGGUUUGAAUGGAUUGGGCGCUGUAGUUGGAAACUUUUGCAUGGAUCUUGCUAUAGAAAAAGCGAAAACUACCGGUGUUGGUGUUGUCUGUGCAAAAAGAUCUAAUCAUUAUGGGAUUGCGGGCUGGUAUACGUUACGCGCUAUGGAAAAAGGAUUUAUUGGAAUCUCUGCUACAAACACAUCUCCGUUGAUGUGCCCAACUCGUGCCAUGGAAGCUGGACUUGGAACUAAUCCAAUAUCAUUCGCAGCACCUGCUGAUAAAAAUGAUUCAUUUGUUCUUGAUAUGGCAACAACAGCUGUUGCUGUUGGAAAGAUUGAAAUUCAAAGACGUAAAGGCGAACCAGUCCCUGCUGGAUGGGCUUAUGAUACGAAUGGUAAAAUAACGACAGAUGCUGACAUUGCAUUUGAAUCUGGAUGUCUCGCACCAUUGGGAGGUGAAGAAGUAACGUCUGGUUACAAAGGAUAUGGUAUGGGAGCCAUGGUUGAAGUUCUCUGUGGAAUUUUAGCUGGGGCGAAUUUCUCAACAAAAAUCAGGAAAUGGACACAUUCCGGUUCUGAUUCAGAAGCCAAUCUUGGACAAUUCUUCAUGGCUCUCGAUCCCAAAUGCUUUGCUCCUGGUUUCACUGGCCGAUUAUCUGAAAUGAACGACAUUUUACGAAAUUUGACACCCACGGAUCCUUCAAAUCCUGUUCUCAUUGCUGGUGAUCCUGAAAGAAUUCAUAUGAAGAAGGUCGACUCUGAAGGUGGUGUUCGUUACACUGAUAAUCAAAUAAAGGCAUGUCAGAAAUUAUCAGAACGACUCGGAGUAUCACCAAUCAAAUUCAAUUCUUAAUCCAAGCGGAAAUUUAACAAAUUUAUCAAAGAAAAAAUUAACUUUCAUUCCAUGUUAUAAUUUGUAAUAGGCCUUCCGAAAUAUCCAUCCGUUCAUACAAAAUAUCCAGAUAUCCGGAUAUUUU